AUGGCACUGCUCGUAGACAAACACCGUCCUCGAAACCUAGAAGCUCUCAACUAUCACCCGGAGCUUUCUGAGCGACUCAGAGCUCUUGCACAAAGCGGCGAUUUUCCACAUCUUCUCGUGUACGGACCGUCCGGUGCAGGCAAGAAGACCCGCAUUGUCGCAACACUCAAAGAGCUCUAUGGGCCUGGUGUCGAGAAAAUCAAGAUCGAUGCCCGUGUCUUCCAGACGACCACGAACCGCAAGCUCGAAUUCAACAUUGUCGCAUCCGUAUAUCACCUCGAAAUCACACCUUCAGACGUCGGCAACUACGACAGAGUGGUCGUUCAGGACUUGCUUAAGGAAGUCGCGCAAACACAACAGGUUGAUCUAGGCGCAAAGCAACGCUUCAAGGUGGUUGUGAUCAAUGAGGCAGAUCACUUGACAAGAGAUGCACAGGCAGCACUCAGACGGACGAUGGAGAAAUACAGUCCCAACCUACGAUUGAUCCUCCUAGCGAAUUCAACAAGCAACAUCAUUGCACCCAUUCGCAGUAGGACACUGCUCGUUAGAGUUGCAGCACCAACAGAGGACGAGAUAUGUGGGGUUUUGAGGACUGUAGGAAACAAGGAAGGCUGGAGUGAGGUUGCACCACUCAACAGGCGAAUAGCAAAGGAAAGCGGAAGAAAUCUGCGGAAAGCGCUGCUGAUGUUUGAAUCUGUGCAUGCACAGAACGAGAAAGUCACUGACCAAACACACAUUCCGCCUCCAGACUGGGAAGCACUUAUCGAGCAGAUCGCGCAACAAAUUAUCGAAGAACGCAGCCCUCAGCGGCUACUGCAAGUCCGGGCCUUGCUCUACGACCUUCUGUCACACUGCAUCGACUCAACGACGAUCAUCAAGACGCUCACUUGGAAGCUGAUACCAAAAACGGACGAUGCACUGAAACCAGAAGUCAUCAAGUGGGCGGCUUUCUACGAGCACAGAUGCAAGAUGGGCAGCAAGCAAAUCUUCCAUCUUGAAGCAUUUGUUGCGAAGUACAUGAGGUUAUAUGAAAGUUACUCGAUGGGCAUCGAUUUUGAUUCUGCGUGA